UUUCCUCGGCCAUGCGAUCGACUCAAGGCAGAGACAUCUCGAUAAUUUGGACGAGUUUUCUGAUGAAAAUAGUUGGAUUGUGGUUGGCCGCCGAUCGGGAUGAACAACGUCGAAGGGAUUUCGCAUUGGUUUACACAGUUGGGGCGCUUUUCAUUAUCGUGUGCAUCGGUUUCAGGGAUAUUUACUUCACUUGGGGAAACUUUAGCGACAGCGUUUAUAUCUCUUGCAACAAUUUGUACCUGAUGAUCGUCGUGCUCAAGGUCGGUGUGUUGUACGCUCACAAAAUGCAGUUUUUCGAACUGGUCACAUUCACUCAGAAGAAUUUCUGGCGCCCGUAUCGCGACCCAGAAGAGAAAUUAAUAUUGGCCGAGUGCAAGAGGAUAUGCAUCAUUUUCGUCGUUGUUAUUAGCUUCUGCGCUCAAGGCACUUGCACCGGUUACAUGAUCACUCCGAUAAUAGCAAAUAUAGGAAAGAACGAAUCUAACAGGGAAUUGCCGUUCAACCUGUGGGUCGAUUUCCCUGUAAGAUUGUCGCCUUACUUUGAGAUCCUUUUCGUUAUACAGAUACUAUGCGUGUACCACGUUGGCGUGUGUUACAUCUGUUUCGAUAAUUUACUGUGCAUCGUGAAUCUUCACGUGGCCGGUCAAUUUCGCAUACUGCAAUACCGACUGAGAAACUUGAACGUCACCGUAACAGGCGAGUCUUGUCGCGCAAACGUUUGCUACGCGAAGUUGAAGAGCUGUGUGAUUCAUCAUCAAACGUUGACAAAAUAUUGCAAACAAUUGGAAGAUAUAUUCACGAUAAUCGUGCUCGGCCAAGUUCUGUUCCUCGCUCUUGUGAUAUGCCUCGUGGGAUUUCAAUUAUUUCUGAUGGAUACACCUGCCUCGAGAAAAGUCAGUUUAACGUUAAAUUUCGUCGGCACUCUCUGUCAACUUUUAAUGUUCACGUACAGUUGCGACGAUUUGAUAAGGGAGAGCGUGAAAGUGGGCAACGCUAUAUUCUCGGGCCCCUGGGCGGGGUUGCCGAUGGACAACGUUGGACGAGUUCUGCGAAAAAAUCUGAUAAUUGUCGUGACGAGGUCGCACAGAGUUUGCUGUUUGACGGCCGGCAAAUUUUUCCCCGUUUCCCUCGAAACCUCUACCGCGGUUGGUGGAGAUCUCUCGAUCACCGUCAUGACUUUUUACAUGAAGAUCGUUGGAUUUUGGAUAGCGAGCAAUUGUGUGGAGGAACGUCGAAGAAAUUUGACUCUAAGUUACACGUUCUUCGCUGUCUUCUUUGCAGUGGCGACCGAGACCAGAGAUCUGUACUUCACCUGGGGAAAUUUUAGCGAUAGCAUUCUGAUCAUAUGUAAUCUUGUAACGAUAAUUCUGGUUUUAGUCAAGAUUUCCAUCUCGUUAAUGUACAAAAAGAAGUUGCUCAAGAUGAUACAAUACGCAAAAACGAAUUUUUGGAAUUUAAAGUACGACUUGCACGAGCAAAUAAUUAUAAAUACGUGCAAACGUUACUCCACCUUCUUCGUUUGCACUUUCACAUUAUUCUCUCAGGGGACAGUCUUCUCUUUUGUAAUAAGAGCACUUAAAGAAAAUGUAGGGAAAAAUGAAACGGAGAGAAUACAUCCAUUUAAUUUGUGGCUCAGUGAAUCAUGGUACAUGACACCUUAUUUUGAAAUAGUGUUUAUUAUAGAGAUAUUGUCUUUGUAUCACGUUGGAGUAUGCUACCUCUAUUUCGACAAUUUUAUGUGUAUUAUAAAUUUGCACAUUGCCGGCCAGUUUCGCAUAUUGCAACAUCGAUUUUCAAACGUGUGCAAUGAAAUAUGCGAAAAGUGUUACCAAUUUUCGGAAAAAUCACCCUAUAGUAUAUAUAAAUACACUAAGCUCAAAACUUACAUUCGACAACAUCAAACGCUUAUCGAAUAUUGCAAAAAACUGGAAAUAGUAUCGAAUUUCAUAAUAUUUGGACAAGUGUUGCUUUUCAGCUUGUUAAUAUGCCUCGACGGAUAUUUAAUACUUAUGGAAGACACCUCUGUUAUGAGUCGUCUAAUUUUCACGUUUCAUUUAAUAACUUGCAUGUGUCAACUACUAAUGUUCACCUACAGUUGCGACUGUUUGAUACGAGACAGUACGAACAUAGCUAACGCUACGUACAACAGUUUAUGGUCGUUCAUGCCGAUGGAUAAAUACGGGAAAAUGUUGCGAAAAGACUUGAUACUUGUUAUCAUGAGGUCGAAAUCACCGUGCUAUCUCACCGCUUUGGGAUUCUUCCCUGUCUCGCUCGAGACGUACACCAGCAUUCUAAGUACAGCUAUAUCGUACUUCACGUUGCUGAGAAAUCGUGCGGAGCAAACAACGAUAGAUGUGUAA